AUGUCAGAAGCGCCACCACAACCUUCAGCUCCAGCUAAAAAAAAGAUUGUAUUAAAAAGAGCAGCUGGAACCAAUGCAAAUGAAUUGCCAGCAUGUAGAAUUAAAAUCGAAUUAGAUUCAGAUAAUAACAAUGGAGAUAAUAUGGAGUCAUUGGGUUGUAAACAAGUUGCUACAAUUGUAUCCGCAAGAUAUAUGACAGAUAAUAGUAAUGACAGUGAAUCUCAAGUUGAUAUUAAAAGAGUUAUUGAAAUGACAUUAGAUCUUAAUGAUACCAAUUCCUCAUACCAACCAGGUGACUAUGUUGCUGUUUAUGCUCCAAACCCAGACUAUCAGAUUAAAACCUUAAUUAGUAGAUUACAAUUAACUGAAAACAAAGUUAUUAAAAUAGAAUCAUUAGAUUCAAAAUAUG